AUUUCGUGUCAUCCACAGAUUAUCAUCAUGUUCAGCCUUGUUCUAUGGAUUAACGUGAAGAAGUUAAAUUUUGUACAGAUUUUCUGUUUUUAAGUGAUUGCUCAAUUUAGGGAAUGUCGCCACAUUGUUUUUAACCCAAUUUUGACGAGAAUGAGGAGCAACACUUGAAAAAGCUGUGAAAAAUUCUACAAUCAUCCGACAAAAAACACGUGACAUAGGAGGUUUUGUCGACAGAUAUACUGUGAAAAUACCACAAAACGUUCGAGCAAAAUGUUCAAUUAUUCGAGAAACAGAGCUACGGGAUUUCGUCCACCGCAAAAGAACAACAUGGAGGCGCCCAAGACCUCAGACAUCAUCAUCAUCGCCGGAAAUUCGCAUCCUGAACUGGCCAAUUUAAUAGCGAAACGACUUGGCGUCUCAAUCGGCCAAUGCGCGAUUUAUCACCGAAGCAAUCGCGAAACGAUGUUCCAAAUCGGCGACUCCGUCAGAGGCAAGGACAUUUUCAUCAUCCAAACCGGAACAAAAGAUGUAAAUAACAACAUAAUGGAAAUGCUAAUUAUGGCGUACGCUCUCAAAACGUCCUCGGCCAAUUCAAUAGUCGGAGUCAUUCCGUACUUGCCCUACAGCAAACAGUGCAAGAUGCGCAAACGGGGCGCAGUUGUAACCAAACUGGUGGCCCAAAUGAUGGUAAAAUCGGGCAUGAAUCACAUCAUCACCAUGGACCUGCACCAGAAGGAAAUCCAGGGAUUCUUCGAUUGUCCAGUGGACAAUUUAAGAGCCAGCCCGUUCUUGUUGCAGUACGUGCAAGAAAGUAUUCCGGACUAUAGGAAUGCAGUGAUUGUGGCGAGAAAUCCUGGAUCGGCCAAAAAGGCCACUUCAUAUGCUGAACGGCUUCGUUUGGGCAUCGCUGUAAUCCAUGGGGAGCAAAAGGAAUCGGAUGCUGAUGAGGUUGAUGGGCGCUAUUCCCCACCAACUGUGCCCCGAUCGCGAACCAUGGACGCAGGAGUAGGCGUUCCCAUCCAUAUCGCCAAAGAAAAGCCUCCAAUCAACGUGGUGGGCGAUGUUGGAGGGAGAAUUGCUAUUAUGGUGGACGAUAUGAUUGAUGAUGUGCAGUCCUUUGUCGCAGCUGCGGAAGUUUUAAAAGAGCGCGGCGCAUAUAAAAUUUACGCUCUAGCCACACACGGACUGCUCUCAUCUGACGCUCCAAGACUUAUUGAAGACUCGCCCAUUGAUGAGGUGGUUGUAACCAACACUAUUCCGCAUGAGCUGCAAAAAAUGCAAUGCCACAAAAUCAAAACGGUGGACAUAUCAAUCCUGCUGGCCGAAGCCAUCCGAAGGAUCCACAAUAAAGAGUCCAUGUCGUAUCUAUUCAGAAAUGUGACUCUUGAGGAUUAACAAACGGCGGCUCGCAGUGCCGAGAUCGGCUGCCUUUAGAUCACGUAUUUCAGAUUAAUGCAUUUUCGUGUAUAGGAAGCUUCAUUUUAUUUUUACUUAUGUGGAACCCUAGCUAAUGCCGUUAUAUAUUAUACAGUGUGGUCCAAA